CUUCCAUGUUAUCGGGAGGCUGAUCGACUUGACUACCUCUGGCGACGACAUAGACACCUCUACUUGCAGUUUUAGACAUUUUGCCUCUCUUUUUCUUCGCAAAUUCAACCGAAUACACCAUACACUGCCGAGCCAUUGCACGGGACCGUUAUGUCCUGAAGGCCCUCAUGUGCCUGGCCUCGACGCCGAAUAGAGAACCACAGCCUCGUUACUUCGAACCACACACCCAAAACUCACAUCGGGCAAUUGGAGACUGCAGUUGAAUACUACCCCUUGGAUCGUCUAGUAUUUUCUCAGCUUUGUAGAGAACCAGCAGAACACAAUGGCGGACUCCCGGGAUCUUGAACCCCCGCCACAGACCCACGUCGAGGACCCGGGGGCCCAUCAACUGGCUGAGGCUUCAGAUUCGGAAGAUCAAUUUACAGACGCACAGUCCGCACCUACGAGCCCCGGUGUCAGCUCACCGGUCCCCAAGACACGAGUGGAACUAGUGGACAACGAACCAUCAUAUGGAGAAGUGCCUGGCACUGAAGCGUACGAGAAAAGAGAGCAAGAUGCUGAACCUGAUGAGAUCGCCGUGGUACCCGAAAAUGCUUCCGAAUCACCACCACCUACCCCUCUCGAGCCGGCCGAUAUUCCUGUAACGAUGGUUGAAGAGUCCGUUGGUGAAUACCCUGGUCAGGACACUCCGCAGGAGCUGGAGAAGCAUAAAGCAGAUGCUACCCCUGAUAUUAUAUUGAGCCCUAAUGGCGAGUUAAGGAGCGGUAAUGAGGAUGCUAUUUCUGACGCCCCUCUUUCACCCCCCUCCUCUGCAGCCUAUUCGAGAAGAGAGUCUAUAUCAUCCCAGCCAACGGUCUUGGCUGAGAAAAAAGAAGCAGCUGACCCUGGCAGUGGUGGUGGCGAUGACAAUGAUAUGGCAGUUGAGGAAGGUGAUGAAAAAUGUGGUGAAGAAGGUGGUGGUGGUGAAGGGGUUGAAGAAGUGGUUGAAGAAGGGCUUGAAAAAGGGAUUGAAGAAGGGGGGGAAGAAGGCGGCGAGGAUGACGAUUUCGGAGAUGACUUUGACGACUUUGAAGAGGGCGGCCACGAUGAUGACUUUGAUGACUUUGAGGAUGGUUUCCAACACGCUGAGCCUACUACGACUACAACACCGGCACCUCUUCCAGUCCAACCACAACACUCACUACCAUUUUCGAUACCCGACUUCGAUGGGCUGAGCCCCGAUGAAGUCACUUCCGCAAUUGAACCAUGUUUACAUGACCUCUUUCCCCCCGAGGAACUCGACUUCCAGGCCUUCCCCCAGCUAUCAAAAGACUCAUCCAUCUUCCUGACGCCCCGCUCCGCCUCCCUAUGGUCUCAGCUUGUUGCUCCCCCACCCCUGGCACCCCCCGACUGGAUUCGUUCGCGAACCCGCCGUCUAUUUCUCGUCUCUCUCGGCGUUCCCGUAGACUUGGACGAGAUUCUUCCGGCAUCCAAGCAGAAGAAGCUUGUGCUGCCGUCGCUUAAUAUUCCCGCCGCCUCACCCAGAGGGUCAAGUGACCUGCGGUCGGCAACAAGACUAAAUCAGGGUGAUGGGAAUGCUUCAUCAACAUCGGUAGACUCUCAUGGCAAACCAUCGGCGUCUAAGAGGAGGAAAGGACCGCCACCUCCGCCAGAGUUAGACCUGGUAGUGGCAAAACACGUCUGCCAGACAACAGACGAGGCGUUGAAAGGUAUGACCGAUCAGGAACUAAAGGACCAUGUGGCCAAACUGGAGGCCAUGCAGGGAGCAGCCAAGGAGGUGCUGGAUUACUGGACAAAACGGACGGACGAAAAGAUUGGGGAUCGGGAGGCAUUUGAAGGGGUUAUAGAAAACCUGGUGGCACACGCACGUAAAGUACGAAAGUAGAAACUUGCAUGAUGAUUUAUAUAUUAUGGAUCGUCCAAUUAUUCAACUCAUUGAUUGGCCCAG